CAUUAGACUGCAAGCCACUGAAAUCUUUGUUCUUUGCUCUUUCUAUAGUCCCAUUUUCCAUAUCUUUCUUCUCGUUCGCAUUUCACUGGAAAAAAAAAUGAUGCUGGUUAAGAAGGCAGUGAGGAAGCUUGAAAAAAGACCAGCUGAGGCGCCCAAAACUUCCAUGGACAUGGUUUUCACUUUUGCAGAAGCCAUUAGGUUCGGUUAUGCAGACAUACUAGGCAAAUGGAACCUCUUGGACUUACCCAGAGCCAUCCUCUAUGGUAUCAUGGAAAAGGGCAAGAAAACAGUUGCAAUCGAAUGUAAAGAAAGAGAUGAUUGUGUGCAACUGACAGACCCCGAAUUAUUAAAGGAGUUGUAUGAGCUCAAAAAAUGCUUGACACGCACCAUGCUUUUCAGCGAUAGACGCUUUCGUUCCUUUCUAUUUGCAGCUGGAUUCGUCAAGGAGGAUGUUCUCCUAAGGAAGAGAAGAGCUCGGAUUCUGAAGCCUGCAUUCACAGUGAUACGUGAUAAAGAAUCAAAAUGUUUGUUUGUGUUCAUCCGGGGAACUCGAAGCAUAAAAGACACUCUGACGGAUGUAAUCGGUGCUCCCGUUUCCUUCAACCAUUUCAUUUGCAGUGAUGGUGAGCUGAAGAGGAACAACGUGGUUUCAGGACAUGGGCACCGAGGUAUGGUAGCUGCGGCUCGUUGGAUCAAAAAGCACUGCACUCCUAAACUUCUUGAUGAGCUUCGUCAAUAUCCAGAUUUCCAAGUCAAGAUCGUUGGACACUCACUUGGUGGUGGUACUGCUGCAAUAUUGACAUAUAUGCUCAGAGAGAUUAAACAGUUCGCUUCAUGCACUUGUGUCACCUUUGGCUCAGCUGCUUGUAUGUCACUGGAAAUGGCGGAAUUCGGGAAGCCCUUUGUCACUUCCAUUGUAAGUAGUGAUGACGUGGUGCCAACAUUGUCAGCUUCUUCUAUUCAUGAUUUCAUUCACGAGGGUCUGAUUAAGCGUAAAAAGUUCAUAAGUUCUGCUUACAGCGCAAUUGAAUCUCGCUUAUCAUUUGCAUCUAGUGCAAAAGCCUUUGCAGAUCAAGCCGUAUCCCGUGGCACCGAGGUUGUGAUGAGUAGUAAACAAAGAACUCAAUCACUGAUAAGCUGGCCACGACGUGAGAAAACUGCGGCAUUGACAAGUUCUAAAUCAGCAAACAUGGCCGAAGCCUCUGAAUCAUUACCUACAAGUUACGAAGCAGCGACUGAAGAGUUAACAAUCUCCGAGUUUACGAGUGAUGAGGACGAUGGAUCUAAAUCCACCAGCGAAGGAUCUGAUAACGAUGGCGAGGAUGAAGAGGAGGAGCAAAUAAUUUCUUCUACUCCAAACACUGAUAACGAUGAAUUGAAUCAGUAUUUGAAGGAGCUUCAACUUGAGGCACAGGAUGAUAAUCCUAACACUAAUGGUGCGAAGGAAAAAGAAGAAGCCACAAAAAAAGGCAUCACAGAAGCAGAAAUGAAUGAUGAGGUUGUUCCAGGUAGUACAGAGGCAACAUCAGAGAAGCCUGUUAAACAUUAUCUUUAUCCAUCGGGAAGGAUCUUGCAUAUUGUCCCCGUAAUUUCCUCUGAAAAUUCUGAAUCAAACCACAAUGAUGAUGCUGAUGAGAAACGUGUGGUCUUGUAUGAAACGCCCAGAAAGAUGUAUGGAAAACUCCGACUUUCAAUAAGUAUGCUACAUCAUCAUAAAACAGGCAACUAUCUGAAGGUGCUACAACGAUUAAUCAAUCAACUAGAAAAAGAGAAGUCCCGUUAUGGUGCAUGAUAAGCCAAAAAAAUCGCUGUGAAAGGUUCAAGAAGCUAAUAGAGUUUGGAGCCUUAGAAUUAAAAUUAGUCUCUUUGUUAUGUUUGUUGAGUUUGUUGCAGGUGUAAUAAGUCUUAGACUGACACUUUUAUGUGUAAGUUUGUUGGUUGGUGAGGUUCAUGAUGCUUAUGUUUUUCCAGUA